GACCUCCCUGUUAAAAAGGUUCUGAGCAGCCCCUACUGGUGAAGAAAGGAGCUGCGUUUACUCGUAUAGUGGUGGCCAGCACUACUGCCCUGAAUGGGAGCAGCCAUCAGGUCAUGUUUAUUGGCACAGCAAGUGGUUCAGUGCUGAAAGCAGUCAACUAUGACGGAAAGAUGGUGAUAAUAGAGGAGGUGCAGCUUUUUAAGCAGUCUGAGCCAGUAAAGAUAUUGCGGCUCUUCGUCACCCUGGGUCAGCUGUAUGCAGGCUCAGAGGAAGCAACGGUGCAGAUGCCACUUAGUACAUGUGACCAUUACGCUUCCUGUAUGGACUGUGUGCUGGCCAGAGACCCUUACUGCAGCUGGGACCUCAGCGCUGAACGCUGCAUUGCUAUAAAAAACAUUCAUCCAGAUAAACACAGUGAGGUGGUUCAGUGUCUGAGAGAUGGAAAUGCUGCAUGUUGUCCUGCAGUCGGUAUGCAAACAGAAAGUACUACGGUCAUUAAAACCUUCUAUCCUGGUAACGAGGUCAGGUUGCUUUGCCAGCCAGGACCAAACCUGGCCCGAGUGCAGUGGAGCAUAAACAAUCACACAAUUCAAAACUCCAACAAGUACCACAAUCUUCACAACAACCUGUUGAUCCUCAAUGCCUCGGACAGCGACAACGGUAUCCUGGCUUUCCUCAGUAUCCUGGCCAUUAUACCAACACUGAUGUUUUUAGUUCUUGUGGUAUGGAACUUCUACAAAGGGCAUUUUGCUGACCAGAGAAGUUCGAAAAAAGCUGAGGAAAAUCCCUAGAGUGUCUGUCUGUCAGGAGCCACUGCAAAUUGUUCAAGAAAGUUCAACAGAAAUAACAAUCAACAGAAUAGCUAAAUCCCCCGAUAUGACAAACCAGCAUAAUGGAGACAAAUUGCUCCAGUGAAGUUUAUUGUUUAUUUUGCAGACACCUCAAUGAUGAAUGCAACAUAAUCCAGUUUCAAAGCUCAAACCACACAAUCUGAACUAAUUGGAGAAUUAAAAACACUUUGUUAUUUUUAGACUUCAGUAUUGCUUAAAGCCCUAAAGCACUGAAACGGGUUUAAGCACAGUAUAUUAAAAACAAAGGCCAAAAUAGAUGUGAAGAUGUAUUUUGAAUUUUGAGAAUUUUGUGAGACAUUUUUUACUGUAAAAUCUUCUGUGUACAGAACCAUUAUUUUCAGUCUGUGUGACUUGUAAGGAAAAUCAAAUACGUUUAAGUUGUUAAAAAAAGAUUUGUAUUGUUACAAAAUAAUAGGAAGACAACCAUUCAAAUCUAAUCAUUUGAGAAGAGUCAACAAUAUCCAGAAUUUGCUUUACUAUCAUUUUAAUUAUCAUCCACAUAUCUGUCAACUUACUUUUGUUCCCAUGAGACCUGGUGUAAAAGAUUAUUCACGUAGAAGUUUAAACUUAAAGACAAGAUAACUGUUUGUAUAGAUGUCUUGAGCAUCAGCUUCUCAUCUCCUGUAGCGAUAGCGCUUGAUACAAAACCACAGUUGAAGAUGCCAUUAGCAAACUGGCAGCAGAAGUCGUGUCGAUGCAAUCACUCCCAUUCAUGGUUGACCAUCUUAAACACGACGUCCUCGUAGGGCGGCCUGGCGUGAAAACGAAAGGAUGCCAAUGUCCUUGUUAUCCGGGCUCGGCUCAAGGAAGUACUGAGGCAUGGAACGUUUGUUGAUCAGGUCCGGGUAGAAGAUGUUAAACUAGAAGACGGAAGACUAGGAAGAUGUUAACCUAGAAGACUAGGAGAGACGGGUAGAGGAAAGAGCGCAGCACAAAAGGUCAGCACCGCUGACUCGGAGUCGCUGUAUACCACUGAGCUUUGUCCACACUCCUGGCAGGAAACAAAAAAAUAA